AGUUCGCCCAGCUCCGUGCUGGAAAAUCGGGAGAGAAAAUCGAAUCAUAUAUGUCAUUCUGCAAAAUCGGAUAUAUUUACUGGGGUAUACCCCACAUUUGUGUCGUGUUGAAAUAUCCGCCAUAAACCUAAAUAGCAAUCACAGUGCAGCUCAGGCAAUCAAAAAGUGCUGUAAUCAUUUAUUUAUUUCAAUUUACUCGUACUCGCGAGUGUUGGCCAUGUCAUGCAACCGCUGCAUCUGCGGCCCUCUUUCAAGUCCUCGGGGAACUCGAACUCUAACCAGAAUACAAAGAAGCCACAAGCCUCUGUGUUUUGCCACAGAAUUAAUAAGAUAUUCCCAGUCACAGCACGCAUCCACUACGUUGACCAGGUGGAGCAGGAGGACGACGCGGAUCAGCGGCACCAGCAGCCCGGCAGCAGCUCCACGGUCAGUGGAUCCACUCCGCCCCUCCGGAUCUCGCCACAUGGUUCGCCCCAGCUGCAGCAAUCACAGCGCCUGGGGAAACACCUCAGCAAAUCCGCCUCGGAGUUGAAUGGCCACGACUGCCAUCUCAGCGAAUCCCCGCACAUAUCACCCAAGAGGGCCAAGAGUGCCGUGGCCCAUCAGUUGGCCGGAGGCGGAGGUGGAUCGGGGGGCGUGGCCAGCGGCGUGGGCGUGCUGCAGAAGACCCACGGAUUCUUCAACAAUCUUCGACAUCGCUGGUCGCGGGCAAAGAGCAAAGAUCGCCUGGGUCGCAAGUCUCCCAGCGAUUUCCUUGAGGAAAGCACGGAUUAUGCCGCGGACUACAGUUCCGAGAGCAGUUCCGUGACCCAGAGUCCUCGACACCGGAGCACCACCAUUGGCGGCUCUCCACUGGCCCGAGAAUUCCGAGCCACCGCGAAAAUGGCCCAGGUCAUCCAGCGAUUUGGUGGUUCCAUGGAGGGCAGGAUCGAUGAGCAUCCGGAGAACGGCUCGGCCGGCUGCAGUCCACCGGAAUUGACCACCCAACAGCAGCUGGAGGCCCUGCAGGCCGACGAGCUACGUCGCAAGCGCGAAGCCCAAUUACGUCAAUUCGUCUUCUUUCAGCUGCGCGUGCAUCUGAAGUCCGGCAGCGACCUGGUGGCCAUGGACAAGAAUGGACUGAGUGAUCCUUAUGUCAAGUUCAAGGUCGGCGGCCGCCUCCUCCACAAGUCGCGCACCAUUCACCGGGAACUGAAUCCCGUGUGGGACGAGGUCUUCAUCGUGCCCAUCGAGGACCCCUUCCAGCCGAUAAUCGUUAAGGUUUUCGACUACGAUUGGGGACUGCAGGACGACUUUAUGGGCUCGGCCAAGCUGGACUUAACCCAAUUGGAACUGGGCAAGGCCGAGGACAUCCACCUGCAGCUGUGCGACUCGGCCGGAAAUGGCGGAAGCGGCUUGGGCGAGAUACUCAUCAAUCUGACACUAUGGCCGCGCAGCCAGGAGGACAAGGAAAUGCACUUUCAGCGCAACUCGAAGCUGGCCGAGUCAUCGAAGCGGUUGAAGUCGCAGAUCUGGAGCUCAGUGGUCACCAUUUUGCUGGUCAAAGCCAAGGAUUUGCCGCUGGCUGAAGAUGGCAGCAAGCUGAUUGACACGCACUUUAAAUUCAGAUUGGGCAAUGAGAAGUACAAGAGCAAGUCUUCCUGGACGGAGCGCUGGUUGGAGCAGUUCGACCUGCACCUAUUCGAUGAGGACCAGAACCUGGAACUGGCCCUCUGGAACCGAAAUACCCUCUACGGCAAGGCCAUUAUCGACCUGAGCGUUUUUCAGCGCGAGACUACGCAUGGCAUCUGGAAGCCCCUCGAAGAUUGUCCUGGAGAAGUCCACCUAAUGCUCACUAUAAGUGGGACCACAGCCUUGGAGACGAUCAGUGAUUUGAAGGCCUUCAAGGAGGAUCCUCGAGAGGCUCAGAUGCUGAGGGAUCGAUAUCGCUUCCUAAGAUGCCUCCAAAAUCUGCGCGAUGUGGGUCACUUGACAGUGAAGGUUUUUGGAGCUACUGGACUGGCUGCAGCGGAUAUUGGCGGGAAAUCCGAUCCCUUUUGUGUGUUGGAACUGGGAAACGCCCGACUGCAAACCCAAACGGAGUAUAAAACACUCACUCCUAAUUGGAAUAAGAUAUUUACUUUCAACAUUAAGGACAUCACUCAGGUUCUGGAGAUCACCGUCUUCGACGAGGAUCGGGAUCAUCGCGUCGAGUUCCUGGGAAAACUAGUCAUUCCCCUCCUCAGGAUCAAGAGCGGUGUCAAGAGGUGGUACACGCUGAAGGAUAAGAACCUCUGCGUUCGGGCCAAAGGCAACUCCCCGCAAAUUCAGCUGGAACUGACCGUGGUUUGGAGUGAGAUCCGAGCUGUGUGUCGAGCACUUCAGCCCAAGGAGGAGAAACUCAUCCAGCAGGAAGCCAAAUUCAAGCGACAGCUCUUCCUGCGCAAUGUCAAUAGACUCAAGGAGAUUAUCAUGGAUAUCCUAGAUGCCGCGCGCUACGUCCAGAGCUGCUUUGAGUGGGAAUCUCCCGUGCGUUCCAGCAUAGCUUUUGUCCUGUGGAUUGUGGCCUGUGUUUACGGCGAUCUAGAUACAGUGCCCUUAGUUCUACUACUCAUUAUACUAAAAAAAUGGCUCUAUCGCCUUAUAACCGGUACCACAGAUGCAGCUGCGCACUACGACUACGAGUACGAUGAAGAUGAUGAUGAUGAUAAGGAGAAGGAGGAGAAGAAGUCCAUCAAGGAAAGAUUACAGGCCAUCCAAGAAGUCUCCCAAACAGUACAGAAUACCAUAGGUUAUCUAGCUUCAUUAGGCGAAAGCACUAUCAACACAUUCAAUUUUUCCGUCCCCGAACUCACCUGGCUGGCUGUGGUUCUACUAUUGGGCGCCAUUCUGGUCCUGCAUUUCGUUCCACUCCGCUGGCUGCUCCUCUUCUGGGGCCUGAUGAAGUUCUCCAGACGGUUGCUGCGACCCAAUACCAUUCCCAACAACGAGCUAUUGGAUUUCCUUUCACGAGUGCCAGAUAACGAGGAGAUUAAUCAAUAUCGAGAGCUGCCACCAUCGGCGCCCACCGACCAGAUGCGCAACAAUCCGAAGAAGAAGCUGAAGGGAUCAUAGUCCAUAACCAGCGCUGAUGCGGCAAUGGCGUCCCUUUCGCCGCUGCAGUCCAGCGCACCGGGAGGAUCUGGUGGAGGAGGAGGUGGAUCCGGCGGAAGGCAGCAGCAGCUGAUGCAGCGCUUCCGGGCCAACACCAGCCAGCUGAAGCAGAAGUUUGGCCAGGCCAAGAGCCUCAGUCUGAGCCAUAGCGAAUUCAAUUAGACACCAAAGUUAGUUAGCUAGUUAAGAAUCGAGGGCACGAGGGCGGCACCAACUCAACUAGUUCCACCCAUAGACAACAACAUCAAUUCAACUUGACUCAAUUAUGCAGCACAAAGUUUGCUUCACUUAUUUUCCUAAAAUUAUUUAUAUAUACACACAGAAAUGAAUAUUAAUGUAAAUGUACGCAAAACUCAAACUAUUUACACGAACCGAUUAUGUACAUACACGAAUAUAGCAGAAAUUAGGACUCUAUUGAAACAUUGCAUGUACCUAAGGUAACCUCUCUCAAAGAUCUAUUCGAAUAUUUACCAAAACUCUAAUUGCUAACUACCAGAUUCCUUUUGCGCGAAUCCAAAUGCGAUUAAUUAUUUAUUGUGUAUUGUGUAUUUCAAUUUGUGAUAUUUUCAAAGAAUUUUGCAACUAGGCUUACUACUUAUGUGACUUAACCCACGGAAGCUGCGUACCGCACCAAAGUUUCCCUCAACUCCAUUUACAAAUUACCACUCGAUUGCACUCGACUCGUUUAAGGACGCUUCUUCAUGAUAUACCUUUACAUAUAUACCUAAAUAAGCCUAAUCCUAACCAAAUUUAUUGUAAUUAUUUCAUUCGAAAAGAUUGUUCAAAACAUUUUCUAAAAUUUAUAUUUAUUAACUAUGUCUAGGAUAAUCAGCUCGUAAAGGCCCCGGCCCAGCCAUACUAUAUAUAAAUUAAAUGCUACUGUAACCCACUCCGAUUGAUCGAUUUGAUACAUUUUAGAUAGUUCAACUAUUUUAUACCCCACAAAAGAGCAACAACAAAGUUUUUAUAUACAUACCGAACUCAAUUAAUUAAUUAGCACCUAAGUUAAGUUUGUUAUUUUUCAAUAUAUAUAUAUGAUGGCAAAAAUAAUAAAAAUAUUUUUGGAUU